GUCUAUCAAUUGUUGUUGAAAAUAUGUAUUGCCAAAAAGUGUUUCUUGUUGUAUGGUUAUGUCUUAUAGCCUUGUGGGCCAUCAAAGCCGACUGUCCAAGCGAGAAGAAUGAGAGCCAGUCGCAGCCGCAGCGCAAAAGUAAUUCAAGAUCCAAGGCUUCCAACAUUGCGCAGAAGGCAGCAGAAGAGGCAAGGGCUGCGAGUGAUGCACAAUCAGCCGCCGCAGAAGCAGCUGCCACACAGGUCAAAACCGAACUGGCUGACAAGGCAGCACAGUCGGCACGUGCCGCUGAAGCCGCGCUGGCGGGCAAGCAACAACUUGUGGAACAGCUACUGGUAGAAGUUAAUGAAGCGGAAGCUGUGGUGGCUGAUGUAACGACCUCGCUGCAGGCUACACAAACCAAUGCCAAUGCAGCCUCGCAGGCCGCUGUGGAGGCGCAGAAUCAACUUGCGCGACUAAAGCGCCUGGUGGCCUGCACGCAAAACAGUGUUGCCAAUAUAGAAGGUGUGGCGAAUGGUGCACAGCAGGAGCUCACGGAGAAGACACAGCUGCUGGAGGCGGCCAAAAAUCGUGUGGAGAGCCUAAUUCGUCAAUUAAAAGCGGCUAAGCAAGACUUUGAGGUCACCAAGCAGGCGGCAUAUAAAGCUGCGUGUGCUGCAGUCGAAGCCAAGCAGAAGGCUCAAAGAAAUCGUCGUAUGAUCUAUAAAGCUAAGCAUUGUAAAAAUAAAAUGUUCAAUUAAAACAAUAAGAAGCCUCCGUUGUA